CUGGCACGGAGAAGGCUCGGGUCCCCACUUUCAUCCUAGAGCGGCUACGGAUGUCCUCCGGGCGGGGCGUCGGGUUGCUUCCGGCCGGGGUGUGCAGAGGCGGUGUGGGCUUUGUGGUCGCCCGGGGCUGCGCAGCCGGGUGCGGCUCGGCAAGCUUCGGUGCCGUCCUCUCGCCGCCGGGCUCCGGACUGCAGACCUUUCGUGGAUGCAGCAUUGUAUCUGUUUCAAUACUUCGUGGGAGGUACAGAGAAACUUCACAGGCCGGAUUUCUGCCUCGUCCCCGCAACUGCUUGCAAAUUUCUUCAUAGUACUAACCUCGUCCAUUUCUAAGCAAAACACCCGGUAAGAGCAACAUGUAUUUACAAAGAAUCAAGUCUCUCACAGCACGAAGUGGACUCUGAGUGACAGACCUGAACCCGAGCCUUCGCUCAGCUCCUGACUAGGCUAGUGAUCUUGGCUAAUCCACGUUCUCUUCUCGUCUCUUCUCCCUGUCGCUUGUUGACACACGUGAGAUGACACUGGUCCUUUCUGAGCACCAUGGCUGGGCUGCCUCAGACUUCCUUAUGCUGGCUGCCGGUUAGACUCCUGUGCAGCAGGCUGGAAGCACUGCCUUGCUGUAGCUUUGGGGGUUCUGAAGCUUAAAGCUUGCAUGGCCACCCCACAACCCACACGCCCAGACAGCUCGCUCUUUGAAGGAGCGGUGGGAAAGAUCUGGCUCAAAUGCCUAGUAAGUGACCCAAGGAGAAGAAUGCUGGGGGGAGGGGGAGUUAGGAGAGCCUUGAAGGUUUUUACACAGGAAGUCACCAUUCCAUUUAUACUUUUAAAGAGUCAUCCUGCUGGCUCUUCAGAAAACAGUGGAGACAGGUUAGACAGUUGUCCCCCUUGCGUGUUAAGAAAUAAUAGUAGAGAAUAGCAUUGGAGUUUUGAGAUGAGCAGAAUGCAAUAUAAUGGUCUGGCCUAUAGGUCUGCUGGUGGAUUGGAUGUGGGGCAUUCAUAAAAGUAAAGGGAACUAAGGAUAUGCACAGUUCUGGCCGAACCAGUGCAAGCUGAUGGAGAAGGGGCAGAUUUAGCAGAAGCCGGAAGGUUGACACCUGAGGUUUGAAAACCUGAGAAGGCAUCAGGUUGAGAACUAGUCAUGUCGAAGCUGGAAAAGAGCCCAGCUGCAGGAAGAAAACUGUUUCCAGCCAGAGAUACCAUCUCUCUGCUAAGGUAGGUCAGUGAUGGAGGAGGUCUUGCCUGGAUUGUGGCAAGGCUCCAUUGUCAUCACCAGACACUGGGAGAAGGUAGUUAGUGAAUGAGAAAGCUGGUAGAGGCUGCCCCAGGGGCACUGUGACAAGAUAACUUCCUGAGUAAGAAGUCAUUGAGUGUCUGGUGCGGGCAGAAGCGGAGCUGAGUAAGUGGCCGAAGUUUGUGACACCGUAAACUAUUGUGAUAACCUGACCCCGGCGUAUUUAAGAAAGAAAGGAAAUACAAAAAUAAACUCAGUGACCUGUGAGUGUCAUUAUAAAGGAGAGGUGGGGUGGUAGCUGGAGAGGAAAUAAAGGCCAGGAAGUUAGGUUGGUAUUCUUGUUCUGUGAAACAGGAUAUAUGUUCCCCCCCGGAGUAGCAGAGACUAGAUGUGUGUGCCGUUUAGUUUUUUAAAUGAGAUUUUGAUAAUCUACCUAGAAGAUGUCAUGGCUCUCUUGUUCCCUACUAUAUCAGUCCAGGAAUUCUGUCCCCAGUUAAGUGGAUGGAAGAGCUAGCAUUGCUGUAUGCUGAUUGGAAUGGCAGGCUAGACGGCAAGAGAAGCUUCUGUGUAAGCGGGAGGGAAUGAUGGCUGGGUGAGAUGGAUGGGAGGAGGUCUAGAGCAAGGGGAGGUGAACCAUCUCUCAGGUCAAGUUUAGCUUGAUUCCGAGAAGAGGGAGGUAAACACAGGCCGGCGGUGGAAGUGGGCGUUCUUGUCUCACUGCCCUUGCUUUCUUACUGAAGCAAGGGCUAAGGGAUAGAAAAAAUGCUAGACAUUUUAAAUAUUUAUUUUAUGUGUAUGAAUGUUUUACCUGUAUAUGUAUAUAUACCAUAUGUGGUCCUGAUGCCCACAUAGGUCAGAAAACAGCAUCAGAUCCCCUGGAGGUGAAGUUACAGACAGUUGUGAGCUGCCGUUGUUGUGUAUGCUGGGAACUGAACCUGGGUCCUCUAUAAGAACAGCAAGUACUCUUAACUGCAGAACCAUCUCUACAACCCCACUGUCGGCCUUUUGAAAAGAAGAAAAGGAUGACCGGGCAGUGGUACACACCUUUAAUCCUGGCACUCGGAAGCAGGUGGAUCUCUCUCCUGUCCUUUAAAUCAUCUCUGCUACUUACUGUACCUGAUACAUUGUGACAGUGAGAUUCUACUGUAGGAGCUGGGGGCAAGAAGGUGCUCCUGAAGCCUGAACUUCUGGGGAUGAAAAGUCACAGAAUAUGAUGUCUGACAAACUUACAGUGCUGGAGCCUUCCGCCUCAGAGCCCAGGGAGUUUCAUGAAGACAGGUUAGCGCCGCUGUUGGGGAAUCCAGAAAGACAGAGCCUCGAGAGUCCCCCCUCUCAGGAGGGGGGCUUCAAACAGAUAACAGUGACCCACUGGAAAAUCCAAACAGGAGAGACAGCCCAGCUAUGCAGUAAGUCAGGAAGAAACCCUGUUCUCAACUCAAACCUUCUGAUCCUUCAGAGAGAGCUCAUAGAAGGGGAGACCCGUUCUUGUGGUGUUGGUGGCAGAAGCUUCCCAUUCAAUUCAAAUGUAGUUCCACAUCCGAUUUCUCACGCGGGGGAGAAGCCUUAUCAGUGUGAUCGCUGUGGGAAAGGCUUCAGUCAAAACUCCCUCCUCACCGAACACCAGAGAGUCCACGCUGGGGACAGGCUCUCUGUGUGCAACGUGUGUGGGAAAGACCUCAUUCACUACGCUGACCUAGUUGAGCACCAGCGUGCACACAGCGGCGAGAAGCCGUUCAAGUGUGCACAGUGUGGGAAAGCGUUUUGUCACAGUUCAGACCUGCUUCGACACCAGAGAGUCCACACCAGAGAGAGGCCUUUUGAGUGCAAAGAGUGUGGGAAAGGCUUCAGUCAGAGCUCCUUACUCAUUCGCCAUCAGAGAAUUCACACGGGAGAGAGACCCUACGAGUGUAACGAGUGUGGGAAAUCUUUCAUUCGGAGCUCGAGCCUUAUUCGGCACUACCAGAUCCACACAGAGGUGAAACAGUAUGAAUGCAGAGACUGUGGGAAAGCCUUCCGGCACCGUUCGGACCUCAUUGAACACCAGAGAAUUCACACUGGAGAGAGACCCUUUGAGUGUCACGAGUGUGGGAAGGCCUUUAUUCGCAGCUCAAAGCUCAUCCAACAUCAGAGAAUCCAUACCGGAGAACGGCCUUACGUGUGCAAUGAGUGUGGGAAGCGCUUCAGUCAGACGUCCAACUUCACUCAGCACCAGAGGAUCCACACCGGGGAAAAACUCUACGAGUGUAACGAAUGUGGCAAAGCCUUCUUUCUGAGCUCGUACCUCAUACGACACCAGAAAAUCCACACCGGCGAGCGGGUGUACGAGUGCAAAGAGUGUGGGAAGGCUUUCCUGCAGAAGGCCCACCUCACUGAGCAUCAGAAGAUCCACACCGGAGACAGACCCUUUGAGUGCAAAGACUGCGGGAAAGCCUUCAUCCAGAGCUCCAAGCUGUUGCUGCAUCAGAUCGUCCACACUGGGGAGAAGCCCUACGUGUGCAGUUACUGUGGGAAAGGCUUUAUACAGAGGUCCAACUUCCUUCAGCACCAGAAGACGCACACCAAGGAGAAGCUCCACCAGUACGGUCAGCAUGGAACGGAUCUCACCCCACCCCCAGACCUUGUCCACCAUGAGGAUCUUUCCCUGAGCGAGACCGCCCUUCAUUUGGGAGAGGCGUCUACAGAUCAGGGGUGUCAUGCAGGUCACUUAUGAGACAGUCGCUCUUGGAGUCAGUAAGUGGUGCUUGGAAACGGGCAUACUUAGUAUGUGGCUUGUCACAUUUCCCAAGUCACAGAUAGCCUACUUGUGGUUAGGUCUGUCGUCUGUCACCAGGUCAGGAAAGCUGAGGUGAAAGACCCUCAGAGUGGGGGGACUCUCACUCAAGUCUUGGGAUAACACAACCCCCCAGGAACUCACGAGAGACCGUCCUUGCUGCAAUCACAUGAGGUUUAUUGACAGGACAGGAACCAGUGCACUGGGGCUGAAAAUCAUUUCCCACGUAGGGGUAGAGUUCGACCCCGAGUAGCUGGGAGAAGGGGUAUUUAAGGGAAGAAACCAUAACCCAAUAACCCAAAGGAGGUAGGGAGGGCAUCAUUGGAAAAUUCCGAAAAUACCAGUGAUAAUCACAAGGGGGUAACUCCCUGUUUCUCAAGAUUAUUCUCAAGAUUAUAAUCUAACUUCAAAGUUAGCUAGUUCCUGGACCAGAGUCACUGAACCGGCUAACCUAGAUUUUGGUUCUCCUCUCCCUGCUAGAUUUUUUUUUUUUUUGGCUCUACUUUUUCUGCUAGAGGGGUCUGAAUUUAUCCGGGUCUUUCAGGGGGACUGGACAGCUGGCUUUGAGCUGAACACUGAGGGAGAGCCUCUAGAGCAUUUUCUAGAUUUUCGUUAAAGUUACACACUGUCGAGUUAAAUCUUUUCAGAGAUAUGGCUACUUCUCUGAAAGGUUGGAGAAAGGGGUUUUCUCAUGCAAAACUGCCAGUUGGUUCUUCCCUAUUGUCUGGGACUAAACUCCACGCCACAGGGCCACCACAGGGCCAAGUCCCUGGCCUUUGCUUUCUCAACUGUUUGACUCCUGGUAAAGCUUUUGACUUGUUCCUCCGUCCACAUCCUCCAGGCCGCUCCCAUUCCUGUCCUCAUGGGUCUUCCCCUGUCUCCCAAGUCGCUCCUGAUUAUUCUGCAAGGCCUCUCUCAGGCACCAUGCCCCAGAAUGCUUCCUUAGAACCGAGCUGGCUUUGUGGCUUGUGCUUCUGUUGCUCAGUGCUUCCCUCUGCUACUGUACCACAAUUUUGAAUUCUUUUUCAUUGUGCUCUGUUCCCUGAGGACAAUGAUCAUAUAUCAUUGAUUCCCAUGUCCCUAGUGUCUAGCACAUGACAAUAAACGAAGCAAAAACCCAAGUCUGCGUAAUUGGCUUAUCCUUUAUCUGUCUACUGUCUC